UAAUAAUUAACGUAUGUAAUAAACACAUUUAAAAUGCACUUGUCAAAAAUAAAGACAAGUUAACACUAUCAAAGAGGACCCUGCAUUGGUUGAGAAAUUGAAAGAAAGAUAAAUGGAAUUAGAUGAGAAAUCAUUGGAAUUUGAACACAAAAAGGGUAAUUUGGAGAGAGAAAAUCUGAUGUUAGAAGAGAAUAUUAAAAUCGAGUUGCAAGGUUUGAAAGGUUGAUUAUUCAAUGUUGAUUAUUAGAAAACCAAUUGAUUCAAUAAUAAUUAAUUGAAGAACUAAGAGAUAACAAAAUCUCAGCUUAUAAGAGACAAAAUGAAUUACACUUAUUAAUAUAGAAUGUCCACUAAAAUGAGGCAGAAAAGAAGGUUUUUUAAUAUGGCUAUGCUAGCAAUUAUUGAAUGAAAUUGAAUUUCUUAAAUAAUCUCUUCUUCAUACUAAUGAAAAUUAACAACAAUUGGCUAAGAAGGAAGAACAUAUAAAACUAUUACUUAAUCGCAUUUAGGAGUUGGAAUAGAGUAUAACCUAAUUAAAGCGAGAGAUAUAAUAUAAAUGA